AUGAUGAUGACAGAUGAUACAAGCAGUAGAGUAGAAACUUGACUAAACAGAUGCAGAUAAAUUAGGAAAAAUGGGAAUUUGAAAAUUCAAAUGUAACAAUGAUACUCUUCCCUGUACUGCAUGUCCACUUGAGUAUUCAUUUUCAAGCUUUGUUCAUCUCUUAGCCUUUUCUCCAUAUGCAUUUCUCUCUGGUUCUCUGUCUUUCCCUUGCAAUGGAGAUUCCAAGCAGAACAACUUUUUCCGUUCAAAACCUCUUAUUUCACUCCUUUCUCCAUCUCUUCUUCUUCAUUCAAUACCUUGCGGUUCCUGUUACAGCAGAGUUCAAUGUUACCUCUUACAACCCCAUAGAGAACUUCGCAAUUAACUGUGGUUCUUCCAUGGGUGGCAAAUCUUGGGAUGACCGUCCUUGGGUCGGAGAUGGCAAUGGAAAAUUCAGUCUCAUAGAGCAGCAAAACAAUAACAACAAACCUUCAGUUAGUAAAGCUGCAUCUCAACUGUCCUCAUCAGUUGAUACGUUCCCCUACUCCACAGCUCGUCUUUCUUACUCACAGUUCACCUAUUCAAUUCCGCUCACUGAUGGCCAAAAGUUCAUUCGCUUGCACUUCUAUCCAACUUCAUAUCCAGACUUUGGCGACCCUUCUAAGAAAGCUUUCUUCUCUGUUAAAGCUGGCGAUUUUACCCUUCUCAGCAAUUUCAGCGCUUCACUUCAUGCUCAUGAUGAAGUUACAUUUUUCAAAGAAUUUUGUGUGAACCUUGAUGAAGGUCAAAGUUUAAACUUAACUUUCACUCCAAGUCCUUAUAUCACUGACUCUUAUGCUUUCAUCAACGGAAUUGAAGUUGUUUCCAUGCCGAACAAUCUAUAUUAUACACCAGCGAGUGAUGAACGGGUACCACAUUUUGUAGGCCAGGCCCAAGGACAGACUUUCCACCUAGAAAACAACACUGCCCUUGAGAACAUGUAUCGAAUCAACGUUGCUGGUGGGCAGUCAAUCUCGCCAAAAAAUGACACUGGGAUGUUCCGGAGCUGGUUCAAUGAUGAUUACCGAUAUUUGACAAUACGCAAUCCAAGUGCUCUUCCUGUUAAUACCACUAUUGAUCUCAAAAUCAGCAGUCCUAUGCAAUCCUUCGCUGCUCCAAAGGAGGUUUAUAUAACUGCCAGGACCAUGGGGACGAACAAGACCAAGAAUGAGAACUACCAGCUGACAUGGGAGUUUCCUGUUGAUUCUGGGUUCAAUUACUUCGUAAGAUUACAUUUUUGUGAGUUCCAGAUUGAGAUAACCAAAGAAGGUGAGAGAGUGUUUGAGAUCCUCUUGGCUAAUGCAAGUGCGGAAAAUCAAGCAGAUGUUAUAUUCUGGAGUGGUGGAAAUGGGAUUCCAGUGUAUCGGGAUUACGUCGUCGCAAUAGGAAAUAUAGGAAAGGAAAAGCAGCAAAAUCUCUCCAUUGCUAUGCAUCCUUCGCCAGAGUGGAAAACUAAAUAUUCUGAUGCAAUCUUGAAUGGGCUAGAAAUCUUCAAAUUGAGCAACGGUUUUAAUCUUUCCGGACCAAAUCCUGAUCCAGACACGACAAGUCCUGAUCCAGACACGACAAAUCAACAAGGAUACUCAUCACCAACCUCAAACAACAAAGUAGUAUCCGGCAUUGUGGGAGGCGUAAUAUCGGGCUUUGUUGUUCUUUCUCUUCUUUGUUUCUUCGUUUAUCGUCGAAAGAGGAAAGUCAAAGAUACUGAUUCCAGUAAAGGAGUUCCAGUAAUGGAGUUAACCAAGUGUGGUAGCUCAUCUCUGCCUUCCGAACUUUGUCGCUACUUUUCACUGGCUGAGAUCAAACGAGCAACCAACAACUUUGACAAUGUUUUCAUUAUUGGUGUUGGUGGUUUCGGCAACGUUUACAAAGGAUUCAUCGAUGGUGGGGCUACCCAAGUUGCUAUCAAACGGUUGAACCCUGAGUCUCAGCAAGGUGCUCACGAAUUCAGGACCGAGAUCGAGAUGCUCUCCCAGCUACGCCACCUCCAUUUGGUCUCAUUGAUAGGCUAUUGCAACGAUGGCGGAGAGAUGAUUCUUAUAUAUGAUUACUUGGCCAAUGGAACACUUCGUGAUCAUCUUUACAACUCCAAAAACCCUCCUCUUCCAUGGAAACAACGGAUAGAGAUUUGUCUUGGUGCUGCGCAAGGGUUGCAGUAUCUUCACUCAGGUGCAAAACACACCAUCAUUCAUCGAGACGUAAAGACAACAAAUAUCUUGUUGGAUGAGAAAUGGGUGGCUAAGGUUUCAGACUUUGGGUUGUCUAGAAUCGGUCCCACGAACAUGUCCCAAACCCAUGUUAGCACGGUAGUGAAAGGCAGCUUCGGAUACUUGGAUCCAGAAUAUUCCCGUCGUGGAAAAUUGACCGAGAAAUCCGAUGUAUAUUCAUACGGAGUGGUCCUUUGUGAAAUAUUAUGCGCUAGGCCAGCAAUUCAUCGCUCGGCCGAGAAGGCUCUGGUAAACUUAGCAGCACAGGCACAAGAAUGCCAUCGAAAUGGAACACUUUAUAAUAUGAUUGAUCCAUUUUUGAAAGGUAAGAUUGCGGUGGAGUGUUUGAAAAAAUUCACUGAAGUGGUAAUGAGUUGCUUGCAUGAUGACGGAAUGGAAAGGCCAUCGAUGGAUGCUGUGGUGUGGGGCUUACAGUUCGCACUGCAAUUGCAAGAAACUGCAGAGGAGGAGGGGCUUAAGCCUAAUGCCAUUGCUGGAAUUGAGGAAGAUAUCGAUGAGGAGAGCCCCAUCAUAGCCUAUGCAAUGGAAGAUGAGAGUGGGGAAGUGUUCAGUAGCAUCGGCGACCAUGUCAUGAAUUCCAGGAGCACUACUUCGUUCAGUUUAACAAGUGAUGAACAAAGUUUUAUUAGAAAGGGUUCUGAUAAAUACUUGUCAAAGGCAGUGUUUUCCGAGAUUAGAGAUCCACAAGGACGAUGAUGGAAACUCGAAGCUCGUUGAUUAGGGAAUCUUGAUAGUAAUGGCCGGUAGUUCAUUUUAGAAUGAUCCAACAGUAUUAUUAGAUAAUUCAAAAACAAAUUGUUACUUAAUAUUAGAUAUAUUUCAAGGUAGUUUCAGGUGCCUCUUAAGUUGAA